AUGCCCAAGGCCAACAAAUCCGAUAACUGCGUUGUGGACAUCGAUACACCAAGGAUCUCUCAGGAUACCUUCUUUUUCAUCCCUGAACUUCUACAUCUUCUCGCCGGCUAUCUCACACAGAGUGAUCUUAAGGCCGCCGUCCUCGUCAGUCGUGCCUGGAAUACCAUUUGGGUUCCCUAUCUCUAUGAAAAGCUAUUCUUCCGCGAGUACCAGCAGACUCGCAGCUACCCCAGCAUGCACUCAUACGGCCAUCAUGUCAAGAGUCUCGAGCUCAUUUCCAUAGAAUGGGACAAUCUCGCUUUCCUUAUCAACUUUACCACCAGCCUACACUCGCUCUUCCUCUGCAGCACAAAAUUGAGCACUUUUCAGCUUCAGGAGCUCGGAGAGAUAGCACCACAGCUUCGAGUUCUGCAUACCAUCUUGGGGCAACGCUCGCCAAAUCCAUUGGAGUGCCAGAUGACUCCUGUGUCUGCAUUCAAGCACCUGGAGGACUUUUACUGGAGUGCCCUGACAGAUGUCCGCAUCGACGAUAUUCUUUUCGUGCUUAAAUCAUGCUCUCAUCUCCAGUCACUGGCCUUGGCAAUCAACUCACUAGUCGAAGAACUUGACGAGGCCAAAGUCGAGGAGAUUGACGGCAUCAAAAACAGCAGCUUGACCGUCGAUGUUGCGCCAGAAUUGGUCAAAGUGGACGAUGACGGCUGGGCAAGCACGUCGCUCCGAGUAUUGAGCUGGGGCAAUGUGAUGUUAGGACCACGACAAUCCUGCUUGGACGACUCGAAACAGCCACAUCCCUGCAUCCGCCGCCUCUUUCAGCACACACCAAAUCUCAGGAAGGUCAAGAUCAGUGAUGAGAACAACAUUGGCGCUCAGAACUGGAACUGCAUGUUCGGGAAUCAAGCCAGCAUCCAGGAGAUCGAGCUUGCGUUGCGCGUCUCAGUAACCGAAGGUGGUUCUCGAGUCGGCGAUUCGGGGCUCUUGAACGCUGUGUCAAAAGCAUGCUCGAAUCUCAAGAAGUUUACUGCCAAGCGUAUGUCGCCUACAACGGACGAGGCAUUUGCGGAAAUGAUGCGGGUCAACCACGGGCUUCAAAAGGUCAACGUCAAAUACACGGAAUUCGGGGACUUGGCACUCCAUCAAUUGGCACACCUUCCUCCAACACUCACUUCAGCAGGGACUUCGCAUAGCCUUGUUGAACUCGAUGUGGAGGAAUGUCUUCAGAUCACCAGCCGUAGUGCCAUCGAGAUACUCGAGAACUGUCUUCUCUUGCGCAAUUUGAACCUGUUGGGCACGAAAGCCGGUACAAUCGAGCUUUUCAAGGGGUGCAAGCCUUGGCCUUGUGCGAAGGUGCUGGAGAUGCUGCGGAUUGAUAUCCAACCACUCGACUAUCAGCGCUGGCGGCGCAGUGCUGGAUCUAGACAAGCAGAUAUGCCCCCUCUUAAACCAUACGCACCUGAGGACCAGGGGUUGAUCAGGGAGCGGCUGUGCUUGUUCACUUCUCUUCUCGAUCUCGAACUCAAGGGUGAAGCGAUGACAUAUGAAAUCUUGGAGGACUUUUCGUUUGCGCUGAAUCUUCGAAAAGUUAUUCUGUGUAUUCCGUUCAAGGCGUUAUACUAUAGAAUGAAACAAAAGAAGAGAAUAAUGGCCCAAGAGCGCGGCAUGACAUUGUUGCUGAACUGGAUUGUGAGGGGUAGGGUCAGCUAUGUUUCCUCACGACCCGUCAGUAUUAUCUCUGCCAUUGUCAGCAGGGAUACUUUUGUAUUCCAUUCUCGUGCACGUCAUCGCCCGUAA